UAAACGUUGGCAGUAGGUAAACAUGGCGACUUCCAAUCAAACUUUCGGUGAUUUUAGUUUGUGGCAAAAUGGACCUCAACCGGGAAAUAUAUACAACUUUCCCGGACAGUCAACAAGUUCAGGAAAUGACACUCGACAACGAACAGUGCAGCCGAUGACAACGGGAACGUCCGUGUUGGGCGUAAAGUUUGACGGCGGCGUGAUGUUGGCGGCGGACAUGCUCGGAUCGUACGGGUCGACGGCGCGAUUCCGCGGCAUCUCGCGCGUCAUGAAGGUCAACGCAUCGACGGUGCUGACCGCGUCCGGCGACUAUGCCGACUUUCAGUACCUGAAGUCGAUCAUGGAACAGAAGGUAAUUGAGGAAAAUUGCUUGGAUGAUGGAUUCAAAUACACACCCCAGUCAAUCUUUUCCUGGAUGACAAGAGUACUAUAUCAGAGACGUUCUCACCAAGAUCCAUUGUGGAAUACGUACAUUGUUGGUGGUCUCAAUGAUAGCAAACCAUUCCUGGGAUACAUCGACAAGCUUGGCACUGCUUACGAGGCAAAUGCCAUUGCAUCAGGCUUUGGUCAAUAUAUAGCGCUGCCCAUACUAAGAGAGCUAGUGGAGCAAAAGCCUCUCCUCACCCAGCAAGAAGCCAGGGAAGCUAUCGUGAAGUGCAUGAGAAUCCUUUUCUACAGAGAUGCCCGAUCUUUCAACAAGUUUGAGAUAGUCACAGUGACGAAAGACGGUGUAGUCAUAGAACCACCACAGUCUGCAGAGACCAACUGGAAUGUCGCACAUUUCGUCAAGGGAUUCAACUGACGAUAAUAUGUAUAGCGACAGAUUAUGCAUCACAUGGAGGAUGUUCCAGAUCGAAAGCUCGUAGCAUGGUGUGGAGUGAGGGAUUCUGGGACUCAACGAACCAUACCUGCCUGUUCGUGUGAUUUAUUAUUUGUGGAGUGACCCAUCGCCAGAACAUGUAGCAGUUGCACCCUCUUAUUUCUCUAGCCAUUGUGCAUCAGAGUUCUCUUAAAAAUUCCAUCUAAUCAGAUAGGAAUGGCUGGUAAUUUAAAAUGCAGAGAUUAUACCAUUCUGUUUACGUUUGGAAGUACUCUUAUAUUGGUUUCAUGAUUGUGUACAUUUUUCGAUUACGGGCUUUUGCCGUUAGUCACACCGCAGUUGCUGCAUGCCAAGGUUUCUUACCAACGCGCAUGUGAAAACAUUCGGCUGAUAUUCCAACUGUUCGCCAUUGCCUCUGUAUUUAAUUCGUCACUGUACUUAUGUAGCUUGAUCAGUAAUAAAGAUGAUUUCCAAUUGUAAUGUAACUGUUUCAUGAUUUCUCAUUCUAUAAUUAGAUGCUGAUUGGGUUUUGUUUAUUUGAUCAGUAUUCAAAAAUAGUGUUUGAUGUUAGCAUAUGAUUUGUACACUCGUGCUUAAACACAUGGAAAUGUCCCCCGUCUCUGAAUCAAUAUGCAAUGUACACGUACUCACGUCAGAGUAAAUAUAAGUAGCUAUGAAAA